AUGGAUCCUAUUAUGGACGCAAUCAAAAAUUCUGGUGAACCAGAAUGGCUUGAGAAAACAGUAAUAGUCGUGAUGCUAUGCUGCUGCUUCCGUUUCCGCAUACCACGGACGAAGCAGCAAAUCGAGGCGGACUACCAACGGCGAAUCAUCACCAACAAGUUUCGACAACAACUUGAAACGAUACAGGAUUCAAAGAUGGACGCCAUGUCAUUACAAGACGGCUCGCCAGCCUUGGAACUUCUGCACGAAAAAACACAUUCGAUGGAGGACAACCAGCAAGGAUCCCAGCCCAGCUCCAUCAUGUCGCCGCAACAGAGUUCUCUGGACGCGUCAUUCCAGCCGGAGAACAGCCAGAAGCCGGAGCCGCAGGUGUCCGGAGUGAACUUCGUCAAGUUCGCAACCAAAGUGGCGCAUCUGUCAAAACUCGGACAACCAAAGUCACCCACCUCCCCGACCACGGAAAAUAAAAUGGAGUUUUAAUUAUUUCAAAACAUAUAAGUUAAGAAUCUCUAUUUGUGUAUUGUAGUAGAAAACCGGUUAUUGUAAAUGUAAU